AAGGGCAGGAGGAGGAGGAGCAGAGCAGAGGGAGGAGGAGGAGCAGCUCCAGCCUCAGCCUCGGUUCAGUUCAGCGCCAGGCGCAGGCGAGAGAGGAUGCACAGCUGAGCCUGGAAGCCUGCCGCUCUUCUCGCCUCUCUUCUGGGCUCCUUCUCGCUCCCAGCGGCGCUGUUAUAUGAAAAGCCCUCCGUAACCAUGACUGGAGUAUUAAAAAGAAAAUAUGAAGAACUGGAAGACGACGCUCCCUAUUCCUCCUCGUCUUCCUGCUCUCCUUUUUCCUCCUCCGCAUCUUCAGCUUCUUCCGGAUGGGAGUCCGACGAGGAAAGCUCCCGAGGAGGUGGCAUCAAACCCCGGUUGGCCUUAAAUUCCGACUUCACCCCGACGUCCAUCCUGAAGAAGAGCAAGCGGCUAAAACGCAACAACGUAGAGUUUGACCGGGUGACCGUCUUCUACUUCCCUCGCUGCCAGGGCUUCACCAGCGUGCCUAGCCGUGGAGGCUGCACCCUGGGCAUGGUCAGCAGGCACGGCUUCUCCCGGGAGUUCACGCUGGCCGAGUUUUCCAAGGAACAGGAGGCGGUGCGGCGGGAGAAGCUGAAGGAGCGCUUGAAAGAGGAGAAACUGGAAGCCUUGAAGUGGAAGCUCACCAUGAACGGUACAAAAGAGUCCGAGGAAGCCAACCAGCUCACCACAGAAGACAUCUCGGAUGACGACAUCGAACCCAAUGGCACCGAGCUGGAGGACGGCUUCUUCCUCCAGCCCUACCCAGCAAAGAAGAGGCGAGCUCUGCUCAAGGCCAUGGGCGUCAAGAAGAUCGACAAGGAGGAGAAGCGGGAGCUGCACAGCAUCCGCCUCUCCCGGGAAGAUUGCGGCUGCAACUGCCAGGAGUUCUGCGACCCGGAAACCUGCAGCUGCAGCUUGGCCGGCAUCAAGUGUCAGAUGGAUCACACUUCUUUUCCUUGUGGUUGCACGAAAGAUGGCUGCGGGAACACGGAAGGACGGAUCGAGUUCAACCAGGCCCGCGUCCAGACGCACUUCAUUCACACCAUCAUGAAGCUGGAGCUGGAGAAGAACCAGCAGAGCAGCGAGAGAAGCCUUGAGCCCGAAUCCCCGCUCAGGGAGCGUCUCCAUCCGUUCAGCUGUGCGGCGAAUAAGGCAGUGUUGGAGGAAAGGACCAAGCCUCUGAUGCCUGCCUUUCAGUUCAACACCGAUUUGGAGACCAUUGGCGAGAACAGCUGCAGCAGCGACAUGACCGACUCGUCCCUCUCGUCCAGCCAGAGCGAGGAUUUGGAAGAACCGUAUGAAGCUGCUCCGUCCGAAAAGUCGCAAUCGGAUGUUGACGACGACGGUUUGGCCCGGAUCCUUCAUUUCAGUGAUUCGGAGGACGAUGGCACUGCUUCCGGUGGCUGCCAGGAUAACUUGAGUUCUUUCCAUCCGACCGGCUUCUUCAGUGUGGAUGUGGAAAACCAGUGCGUUGCCAGUGUGGCUGAGAGGUUUGACGGCAGCAGCGGAUUGAGCCAUUUACCGCACCUCACCGAAUGUUUGGACGAAAACGCCAACCAGGAGGCAAACAGUUUGCUUGAGGAGGCCUCCUCCUCCUCGGGAGCGCAGAGCGACGAGAGCCUCUCUUCCUCCGGGGAGCAGGGCUCCAAAAACUACAUGGACCUGAGCCUCUCCUGCGACUCUCUGGACUUUUUCCAGUCCUUCUCGGACUACAACUUGGGACCCCUUUAUAACUCUUUGAAGGAAUACGAGAACCUGGACAACUUUUCAGCCCUCCAGCUCCAGCUGCCAAAUUUCCCCAGCUUGCCCCAGUCCGGGGAUCAAAGCACCUGCUUUUUGGAGUCCCUCAUCGGUUUAUCCGAAUCGGUCCCAGAAACCCCCGCACCUUUUACAGACAAUCAGCUUCUAGAAGAUGCCAUUAAGUCAUCCCUCAUGGAGACAGUGAAGGUUUAAUUUUAUGUAUGUGUUAUGUGUUUAAAGAGUCAAGGGAAAGGAACUUUUGAGACCCACCGUGAAUAAGGAAUCCUUAAAAGAGAAGGAGAUGCUACAAAAGACCGAGGGCAAAUGGAUAUUGUUCUUUUUGGGGAGGGAGGGGAGAGCAAAAAACAAACAGUCUGCAGCUACAAUCAGUUUUCUUUACAGCUCUGGCCUUUUGAUGGCAUUGGGGAGGAAAAACAGAAGAUACCUUUUGCAAAACACAAAUUUACCUGCAUUUUGUACAGGUGGGCAGGGAAAACCUUGAGAAUAAGUAUUCCUUGCAUUUUAACACUGUGGAUGCUCCACAGGGCAUCUUCUGCCAACAUUUUCAUAUGUUGGCAGACAAUUUUUCUCAAGCUACUUUGAGAGCUUUCUCUGUAUAUUUAUUGUGAAAACGAUUUGCAGAAGGGUUCUCUCUCGCUUCAAACGUUUACAGGAAAUAAAAAAGAGGCCCAUACACUAUUAGAUGCAUCUUUUCCCUCCCUGCUCUAUUUAUUGCAAAAUUCCACAGUUCAAUACAGCCCCUGACGCUUGAACUGAGCACGGAAUCUUAUUUAAAUUAACCAUACCUCGGAUGUAUUAUGUGUACAAUCAUAUUUUUGCAUAAUAUAUCUGACUUUAUUUAUUGGUUACCUUUGCAUACCUGAGUAGCAUUGGGGCUUACUUAGGACCUGAAACGGAAGUAGGUUUUUGGCACAAGAGGCUUUAAGGAUGUGUUCUGGUUUCGUUCUGUUUUUUCCUGUUAGGGAAAAAUAUGAAGAAGGUGUUUCCUUUCAAUGCAAUCAAAUGCCUUUUCUUGCUGGAAACCAGACUUCAUAUUUAAAGUACAUCCUUAGAAAUGAGGAGAACUGACACCAAUAUUGUCUAAAGUCCCAACUCAUUUCAGUGGGUCUACACUUAAGUGUUUUAAAGCAGUGGUCUCAACCUGUGGGUCCCCAGAUGUUUGGCCUUCAACUCCCAGAAAUCCUAACAGCUGGUAAACUGGCUGGGAUUUCUGGGAGUUGUAGGCAAAAACACCUGGGGACCCACAGGUUGAGACCACUGCUUUAAAGUCUGGCUCUCAUCCAGUGUCUUUUGAAGAAGCCUUGUUCCUCCAUUACAAACAUCACAUUCUCUUUCACUCUCUUGGAUUCCAAGCUUAGCCCUGGUCUCCUUGAUCUUUCCUGGUGUUGAUUAAACUGGCUUCAAAUCAGCUUACUUCGCAGUGUAGACACAGGGUGAAAUGUAGUGUUGUACGCAAUUUGAAGAGUGCCUUCUUUGCACAGUGGCAACUCCUUUGGCUGCUGUUGUAAUCUGGAUGCAAUGCAGUCAAAGGAUUUGCUGUUUUGGGAGAAUGAUGGUCAUUUGGAGAAAAGGGCACCCAUUGGAUCAUUUUUGUGGCUGGAAAGAGCAUUUGAAUUUUGGAAAUUUGAGCAUCAGUCACAGCAAAUUGCUGCAGUUGUGCAAAAAGACCAGCCAACAUCUACCAAGCUCCUGCGUUGUACUAUAGAAAGAGAGGCUGUAUGUAGUGUUGCUAUUUAAAUGCAAGGAAAAAAAAUCUUGGAUUUUCUUUUUCCUACCCUGUUAUUCUUGCAGAAGAAGACUUGUAUCUUUGUGAAGUCCAUAAUUCUUCUGUGGAUAAAUUAAUAAUAAUAAUAAUACCCUUAACUAUUAAGAGUGAGAGUGUGUGUGAGAGGAAAGAAAUAAUAUGAACUAUUUAAAACAGAAAAAAGUGAAAAUUGUGUUUUUAAAUUAUUUUCUAAUUUAUUUAAUUUACUUAAGGAUUUGGCCAUGACUUCUUUAUAGAAUGGAUCAAAUGUACCCCAGUGUAUGGAAAGAGAGCAUAAUUUUGGGGAAGAGCCAAGCUUGCAAAUCAGGAGGAUUUUUUAGCCUUUGCAAUAAGAAGUGCAAACAAAAUUAAAAUGCAAAACACUGUGCUUAAUGGGGUAUUUGUUGUUGUCUCGAGAGGGAGAGUGGAUAUCAAUGUGGAGCUGGACAACUGCAAGUGCCGUGCAUGAAAAUACAGGGCCCUGUUGUAAUGCAGUUUGUAUGGUGCAGUGCCCAUUCAUUCUCUUAAAUAGGAUCCGCCUAGCAUUAAUUGUUUCCUAAUGAUCUAAAGUCCCCCAUAUUUGAAUGGGAUGACACAAUUGGGAAAGGAGUGAGAACAAGGCUCCAUUGUAUUCAAUAUAUCCUUGUAUUGGGACAUGGCUACAAAUGGUGAUCUUGUCCAGCAUCUGAAUGGCACACAAUUUGGAGUGCUGUUUUGAUGCUUAGAAAGUAGACAACACUUAAAAAAAAUCAAAACAAAACUUUGGUUCAAACCCAGAUAUUUAUAAACCUUUUAAAAAGAAAUGAACUGAGUAAUUGAAAAAGAAAAUACUGGAAUCAAAUGGUUUUUAUGUUGGAAUAUGAAUGCACACACACAUAGCAAAACCUCUGCCUGAACAUAAUUUAGAGGCCUUUCAAAGGUAUAUCAGUCUGUUUCUGUUAAGUAGAUACUUAACAGAAGUAGUUUCUGUUAAGUAGACCCUCUGUCUUGCUGUCUCUUGGGUAGUUGGCUGUGAUGGUUUAGAAGCCCUAUUUUGCCAAAUAUUUUCAAUUUUUUUAAAGUUGUGUUAUCCCCACCUUCCGCUCUUUUGUUGAUCAUGGGCUGAGAUUACACAAAAUGUCUCAAGCUGUAAGUAGGGGCUGAGAUCCCUUACACCAGUGGUAGGAUUGAUCUGCAAUUUAUGGAGAGUACUUGCUCAUCCCACUAGAAAGGCUUCUUAGGUACUGUGAGUAUGCAAAAGGAUCUUAGAAAUCGAGAGAACAAAGUUGGUAGCAUACGCUUUCAUAGACUUCAAGUCUACUUCAAGUAGAUGCAGGUUGUUUGUGAAAGUUUAUGCUACCAUUCUCUCACAAUCUCAAAGGUGCUGCGAGAUCCUUUUGUGUUCAUACUCCACAUUAAUACGUGUUUGGGCAACACUAUUGUGUGCUUUCCAUACAAUUUAUUAAUUGCCCAUCACUUGCCUAUACCAGCAGCCCCCAGUAUAUAAUGAUUCAGUUCAAUAUCUUCAGUGAUCCCAUAUACAUAUUGAAGUAAACUGUGGCUUUCCAGAUGGGAAAAGCUAUAGCCCCCAUUAUUUUUGGCCCAAUUGAUAGGAAUAGCAAGAUCAGAGAGACAAUCUUGGCUGGAAUUCUUAGAAGUUUGGCCUGCUUUGAGUUAGGUCCCUUCCACCCAGCUGUAUGAAAUCCCACAUUAUCCACUUUAAAUUGCGUUAUAUGACAGUGUGGACUCAGAUAACCCAAUUCAAAGCAGAUAUUGUGGAUAAUCUGCCUAGAUAUUCUGGGUUAUAUGGCUGUAUGGAAGGGCCCUUAGAAGGAACCUUAGCAGAAAUACUACAAUAUGGGCAUAAAGAUUGAGAUUUAAGUACUCGAAGGGUAAUUCCAUGGACUUUGAUUGCAGAUACCGGGUAGAGUUAAACUGGCAUAAAAGUUAGCUCCACAAAUUAUCCCCAAACACAGUCAUUUUACCUUUGCUGCCACAUCUAUUGCUUCCCAUGUAGUUACCCAAGUCACAACAAUUUGGCUUUGAGAGACCAGCUAUUAAGCAUCCUAAACUAAAGAAUUCGGACCAAAGGUUGCAAUGGACUAAAGUCUUGGGAGGCUUAGCUCUUUUAUGCUUCCCUUUUUUUAAUGCUUUUCACACAAAAAAGGGAUCUUCAAAUCCAUAAAAAUAAUUUCCCAAAAAUCAGGCAAUUUUUAUUAAUUACCAUCAAAUGAUGGGUCAGGAUUUGUAUGUGUGUGUGUGUAUUUUCCAUUAUUAUUGAAUGUUCUCUUUUACACAAUUCCCAUUGGUGAGAACAACUCACUUUCUUCUUUGAGGUCUCUGUGGAAUACACACCUAUGGUAGUUGAUGCACCUAUGCAGCAACUACCAUAGGUGCGAAUUUCACAGAUGACCACUCGAAGGAGCAUUUACAGGUAAGCAACCAUCAUUUCUGGAUUGUGAUGGUUGGACCACCAAAUCAUGCACUGCAGUUGUAGUUGGGUUCUGUGGGUUACGAAUUGGUUUUGCUAAGGAUAAAUGUUCCUGCCUCUGAGAUAUAUUAUAUCCGGCACUUUGACCUCUAGCGGUCUUGAAAACACCAAAUCCUGAGCCCUUCGGAAAGACUUUGACCCACAAAAGUCUAUGCAAAGAUUGAACUUUUAAAAAAAGUAUCGAAAGAGUUAAAACAAUCUAUAGAACAAUGCGGCAUCCAGUGCAAAAGGGUAAUCCCACUAUGGGCAAUUUUUUAAAAAGGAAAGUAUUUAACUUUAAAUAUAUAUAUAUAUCUAUAUCUCCCAGUUUUAGUAUUUAAUUUGUGGGAUCUUUUUUUCAAUCCUGCCUAAAUUAAAUAAUUAUUUUCUUUAGGACAUUUUUUGGUACUGUUUUGUAUUUUAUUUUAAUUUCUUUGGCACUAAAGCAGCAAUUGUUGAACAUUCCUCUCCUCCUCCCUCCGUCAAUAAAUGGCAUGUGUAUGUAUGUAUGUAUAUGUAUAUAUAUAUGCACACAUGCCAUUUUGAAAUGAAUGUUGGGAGAUUGAGGGGUCAAACCCCUUCUGCCUUCAUAGAUUUCCCCCUCCUCUUUAAUUUAUUUGUGUGGGUGCCAACUUCCCUCUUUUCACACCUCAGGGUGCACUGAUUGUAAAUAGAUAUAUAUAUAUCUCCUUUCUGUAUCUUGUAUAAAACGUUGCCUGUUCGAACCGUUUUAUUAUUAUUGUUUUUCUUUAAAAACAACAAAAAGUCCUGGGUAUUUAUUUGAUACAAUCUGUACUUAAUCUAAUGCAUUGAUCGAAACGCUUUGGUUUCAACUGCUUUACGUUUCUGCAUCCUCUGUGUAUAUAAUGUGCUUACAUUGCUUCCAGGUACAAGUUUUAAAAAGAUGUGUUUUAUUUUUACCUUUUUCAUUUUCAUUGAUAUUUAAAAAAAAACAAAAAAGCAUUAUCUGCCUUUGAGCUGCUGUCUCUCAUUUCAUCCAAGCAAUAUGAAGAAAAUUUCAUGACGCUUUCAAAUAAAACAACUUUUUUGCUUUAGAA